UACCAGCGCGUUCCAACGGAAGGGAUUCGUGAAACACUCAUUGAAUAGCGUAUGUUCACGUUGCCGCUUGUUCUAGUAUUGUAGCGCAUCCAUACAAGAGGAGAAGCAAAUAACAUAUGUGUUGUCAGAUACGUCCAUACUUAACGCCAUGACGGAUGCGGUGUUCCAGGCACCCAAACGGCGGCCAAGAGUGUUUGAGGCGUACGACGCCCCGUUUCCUGUCCCUCUUGCUGCGGUGGGUGCGAGUCUGCAGCAGACCCUAAUCUACAGAGCAGAUAUGGUCAACCAGCAUGUCGUUGUCAGGGACCCUGAACACAUACAAGCUCUCUACGGCAAGGGUUACUUUGGUAAAGGCAUCUUAUCAAGAAGCAGACCAGAUCACAGUAUCUCACACCAAUGGGAAAAGUUUGGUGAGAGAGUUCUACCUGUCAUUUCCCUGUUCAAGUACCAGAAGCAUUUGAGCUGGGCACAGGACGUACUCCUAGCUCAAGGAUUGGAAGAAGAGGUUGUCAAUCAGAUACUGCAGAGACUUUGUCAGCCAAUGGAGCCAGGGCUCAGAGAGGAAAAUGGGAAUGAUGACUGCCCAGCCAGCCCUCACAGGAGUGAGGAAACAGGGUCAGGGGCAGGUAACCCCCAAGACAUGGCCUCAGAGCAGGCAGGGACAGUGGGACAGCAGGGCCAGGCAUCAGCCUCCUGGAGCCCAGAGGAUCAGGGGGAGCAGGACAGUCAGUGUCCCCAGGCUAAGAGGCCUAGGAGUCAAGUAGACGGAGGGUUCGACCCACUGUCUGAGCUGUACCCCCAGGAGUCACAGCAGAUAGACCCAGCGGCCCUGUCUACGGUCCGGUGCCCCAGGCAUGAUGACUGGCUGGUUGACUGUGGCUGUCGCCUGGAGGACAGCGUGCUGGAGACCCUCACCCUGCAGAGAGACAGACAGACAGAGGCAGGCCGACAGGGGGCAGACCGUGGGUAUGAGUAUGUACUGGUGAUGGAAGAGGAGAAUAGUGUUGUCAAGCAGGGCAGAGCAGGGCCAGGGAUGACAGCGAGGAGAGUGUGUAGAGUCAACCCCUUCAGACUGCUAGAGUACCUUCAACUGACUCUGGAGGAGGCUUUCUUCUUGGUCUAUGCAUUAGGAUGCCUUUCAGUUUACUACAAUGAGGAGCCAUUGUCGGUGCUCCAGCUGUGGGAGAUGUUCCGUUCGGUUCAGCCCCACUUUGAGACGUCAUACAUGGCCUACCAUUACUUCCGCAGCAGGGGGUGGGUGCCCAAGCCUGGGGUGAAGUACGGGACUGACCUCAUGCUUUACCGAAAAGGACCACCUUUCUACCAUGCAAGUUACUCUGUGGUGGUGGAAAAGGUAGACCAGCCGGGUAGGGGAGGGGCUCUCCGUCCGUUCAGCUGGAGGUCUCUGGCUGCUCUCAGCAGGAUUACCGGCAACGUUUCCAAGGACUUGAUGCUGUGCUACGUCAUCUACCCAUCUCACCUGACAGAGGAACAUCUCUCCUCUCCAGACUGUCUCUGCAUGGUCACAGUUCAGGAGAUUAUUUUAAGCAGAUGGAUAUCAUCACGAGAGCGGACAGAGACGGACGACAUAUGACUUCUUUUUUUUUGUCUGCUGUGUAAAUAUACAGCUCCUUCAGAAAGUAUUCACACCCUUUGACUUUUUCCACAUUUUGUUGUUACAGCCUGAACUUAAAAUGGAUAACAUUUCGAUGUUGUGUCCCUGGCCUUAACACAAUGCCCCAUAAUGUCAAAGUUAUAUUAUGUAUUUAGAAAUGUAUAUAUAUUUUUAUAAAAAUUUAAACUGAAAUGUCUUGAGUCGGUAAGUAUUUAACCUCUUUGUUAUGGCAAUCCUAAAUCGUUUCAGAAGUACACAUUUUGCUUAACAAGUCACAUAAGUUGCAUGGACUUACUCUGUGUGCAAUCAUAGUGUCUAACAUGAUUUUUGAAUGACUACGUUAUCUCUGUACCACACACAAAAUUAUCUGUAAGGUCCCUCAGUCGAGCAGUGAAUUUCAAACACAGGUUCAACCACAAAGACCAGGGAGGUUUUCC